CCUCAGUCCAUGAUUGACUGAUCUGCAGCUCGGAACACAUUUCUCCCAAUCAAUGUGAGAUUCGCGACCGCGUGUGUAAGCCCGAGGAGUCCGAAAGAUCGCACACAAAGCGUAAUAACACAGCGGCAAGAAACCCGGAGAGCAAGAGCGCAAAUCCUCCAAGCAAUUCUUUGCUCUCCACGCGUCCCCUAUCCGUUCGUUCUGGUAAAAACGUUCAACCGUCCGUUGCUAAUUUCGCGAACCUGAGCUGGAACUUAAGCGCGCGCCCUCCAGAUCGAACCUACUGCACACCGUGAGUCAGUACAUGAACUCGGACCGACAGCGUACCGGGACGACUAGUUGACUCAUUCGCAACGAGCUUGCGUCGCCGGUUGUCUUGCAAGCGAAGCCGAACGAUCUACCUGACAGAAGUUGCCAACUAACGAGGUGGAGAGAUCAUUUAAAGGCAGCUGCAAUCAGUAUCCGAUCAAUCAUUGAGCCGUGAACGUGACAUUGGACGGACCUUGCGAUAUUCUCCGGCAGCCAUCGACCCCCCGAAGAAAAAUACUCAAAAGAUAACGACCAACGACCUCAACAGCGCCGGUGGUGAUUUUUUGUUCCCAAAGUGUGUGCCAGAAGAAAUUUCGAAAGCUUUCGCCGGUCACGACUUUCCACGCCACAGUCAACAGAAACCGAAAAGCGCAAAAAAUGAAGUGCCUAAUCUUUGCAGUUUUGGCUAUUGCUAUGAUGGUCGAGAAUAGCGAUUCCAAGCCCGUUUCCAAGUAUCAGGAUCUACCCAAGAAAGCCGGAUACGUCCCUGUCUAUAUUCGCGUUGGCAAUACUCCGUUGGAGCAAAUAAACCGUGACUUGGCCAGAGCCUUCCAAGAGGCCAAUGCCCGCAGCAUUCGAGGAACAAUGAUUCAGGAGCUGAAUCACAACGCACGUUUUUCCUCCGAAUCAAGCAGUAUUUCCAGCGAGGAGGCGAACAAUAUCAUCCCAAAGAUCCGCAGCAUUGAUAACAGGAGCAUCAGUUCCGAAUCGAACUCAAACUCCAGCGAAUCCAACUCCUCCGAGCUGCUACUCGAUUUUGUUCGGGCUAAGCCUUCGGCUAUCUCCAACAAUGUGGUCUAGACUAUGGCGACCAUGACCGUUGCACCUGGUUAGCUUGUCGCAAAACACUCACACUGCCAUCCAUUGUGACUGAAAUAAUACAAAAUACUGCCCGAAUGAUUUCAAAUGCAGAAUGUGAUUCAAUUCAUCAUCAUUAUCGUAAUUAUUAUUAUUAUUAUUAUUUUAAACUGGUUUAGGAAGUCUAUUUGGGCCGCAUCCCACCUUCCGUCCUUAACGUUUAUUACUCAUCCGCAUUCCAACCAAAUUCAUGGCUGUUCAAGCAUUGUUGGUAUCUGAAUAUGUUUAAUGAGGGGCGAAAAAUCAAAUUAUUCGAUUGGAUUGUGAAUGAGUAAUUAUGGCUACGGGCAGGAAUAUAUAUUGCUGUCGAAGAAUAACUUCUCCCUACUCCACGUGCAUCCUCAUCAAGUGCGUAUUAAGAACAUCAUCAGCAUGCUUAAGUAUAAGUACUAACCCAUAAUAAAAACAAGCAAUGAUAAGAACAAUUUCGAAAAUAUAAAUAUAGGGAAUAAAACGAAAA